UGUUUGGUGUUCGCAAGCGCUGGGUCGACUAUUGAAGUCCCUGCUUGGUGGUCGGUCCUGUCGUCUGCAUCAUGUGCCUUGUGCGAUCGUGUCUGCAGAUCAAGUCUGGACAGAUUUGUUGUAGUUGUCAAGAAGACCUUGGCUUCAUUGCCAGACCCAGAGACCAUCAUCUGCAUCAAUCAUCAUGCUUUCAUUAGUCUUACCUACUCGAUUGUGAGCGCCUCGUCAUAUGGCUCGAAGCUGUGCUGUCCUAUCCCAGCCGAGCUGAACGUGUCCCGCAAACCUUACCACCACUUUUCCCCGCUCUGGAGCGAUUACAGCUUCACCCUUCCAUCGGUCUUUGGCCUACACCGUGCGUUGCUCGAUCGCAGUCUCUCUAGCUCUGGACACGCCGUGAAUUUCUGCCUCGGAAAGUGCUGGUCGCUGGUUUGCUAGAGCCGCUGGCGGAUGGCCAGUGUCGUUCCGGGACUGGCCUCCCGGUCCUCUGAGUCGGGUACGAGGCGUGAUCUACUCAAGUGCAGUUAUCUGACCAAAGCACCACCGGGCAGCGAUGGAUUCACCUUCCGGCAGUGGCGACGGCGAUGGUUCAUGCUGUGCGACUCGGCCAUCGUUUACCCGAUGGCACCACGCUCUGUACGACUCGAGUACUACGAGAACGAAGAAGCGGCCAACGGUAUGAUUGAUCCGAAAGGUAUUAUAGACCUUAGUGAGUGCACAGCGGUCAGAAAGUCGGAUCGCACGGUCAAGGGGCACAAGUUUGUCUUCAGCGUAAUCACCGACCACCGGGAGUAUUACCUGAGUGCCGACUCAGCAGCCGAUCGUAAUGCCUGGGUGGAAAUGCUGCAUGCCGUCACGGCAGAUGAUUUCAAGGCACGGGAGUAUCGAGAUUACUUACGUCAGUCCAAAAUUUACAACAGCGAUCCUGGACCAGCAAUGAUGUCCUCUACAGCAACACAUGCAGGCUUGUCAUCUUCAGGUAGCUCACCGCCACAGAAAGAUACCCACACCGAGAGAACUGAGCGCAGGCCAAGACCUCACAGUGUGGGGGACAUGCACCACGUCCAGCAAUCCACCGGCCGACAGCCAAACCUGGACACACUGCCUAUGCCACCGAAAGGCAAUUCUCAGUCCACCGGUGCCGCCGUCGUCACCCCCGCUGCGGCUGGCAAAAACGAGGUGUAUACAGUCGUCAAUCCCAAGCCUCCAAAAAACAGGCUUCUUCAUCAAAGGCAAUCCGCACCGGGGAUAUUGAUUGAAAAUGAGCCACCCCCAGUACCCAAGAAAAGCUCAGAUAUCUAUGAGGAUGAAGAGCCACCAUUAGGUCGUGCACCAAAACUAGGCACAGUUGGAUCAAACGAGAAGACAUUAACGAUAGAACAAAAUGGAUUUGAAAUCGAAGCACUACAGCCUCGGCACUUUGGAGAUGGCUGUGGGUUUGAAGAUUCUGGCGAGGCAAUGUCACCGGCAGCCGCAGCAGCAAAUCCGUAUCAGAACCUGCCACAGAGUUCGAGCAUGGAUGACCUGCUCCUGAUGGAGUCAUCCUCGGCUGGCAAGCGUUCCAGCGGUACAUACGACCAUGUGGUGCACCAGCCAUCGGUCAGACACCGGGGACCCACCAGGCAGAAAGCACAGGAUGCUGCAGACCACGACAGUGACGAGUACUGUGAAAUUCCCGAUGACCCGCUGGACCUGGAUGGCUACAAGCAGGUGCGGCACGCCAGCGCUGUGCCUCUGGGUACUAGUAACCGACGGGCGUACGAAGAAGUGCCGGCGUUCCUGGGCCAAAAGCCGCCUGCAUCACCAAAUCAAAUCAAACCCCAUCUGAAACGUGUUAGCUCACUGGAUAUGAAGAAGAAGUUGGGAGUCAAUGUAGCAGCAUCAAUAGACAUCCCGUCGCCCACGGCGCGAUCUAAUGCACCAAUAGGCAACAGCCGAGAUGCAUACGAUCACCUCGCACCGUCACCGGUCCCAUCGCCCAAGCUACGACAUCAUGCUCCUCCGCAACAGUCGCCACACAAGCCGUCAAAGCCGCCCAAGCCACAGAAGAGCUUGAGCCCGCCAAGACAAGAUCAGGAUGAGUAUGACCACCUGACACCGCCCGGGUCACCUAUGGGUCCACGUAGAGCAUCUGCGGCACCCGAUCUACCAGUAUCGUACGCAUUCUCUGGGCUAGGAGGAGAUCCAUCACAUGGACCACUGCUUACCCCGCACACUGCCGCGCAUAGACGGGUAUCCUCACCCAGCAUUCUCGAUGAAGGUAACAAACGAAUGCACAUGGCAGGUGCCCGUUUCCAGCCGGAUAGCCACUCAGCCAAGAGCUCUCCCAACGUACCGCCGCGCAAGCUAAAGCCAGGCGGCGAUCCGUCAAACUUGGCACCUCCGCGAAUGCCGAAGAGCAAGUCUACCCAGGCACUCGGGAAACAGAUGGGACUGGAUGAAGUGUUACAACAGCAGCAUGCGCACCCACACCACCGCGGGCACCGGCAAAGUUCUGGCGAUGCAGAUGACCGAGGACGCAAAGCACGCAGUCAGGAGGCAAUCUAUGAUAUGGCUGCAUAGCGCGGCCCUCAGAGCACCCUCGCAUCGGGAAACAGUCAAAGAGUCUACGACAGACAGCAGCAACUAAAAGUUGCUAGCUGCGCGACACUACUGGGCUGUCAAACGAGACACAGUGCAGCAGUUCUUUGAUGAUGGACCACUUUCCAAUCAGCUUUCAUCGAAAUGGUAGCCAAAUGAAAGAGGUGCUUGGACCUCUAAGGCGUGCCACACACACCCUGUGUACAUUUUAAUACCCAAGAAGAGACCAUCCUUCCAACUUGAGUUCCAGCAAACAUCAUUGUACAUAAGUAUCUAUCUAUAGAGUCCCCGACCUCUGACUUGAGCAGAAGGAACAUAGAUACACAUUGCUUUUGUUGCUUCUAGAGUCUAGACACAACACAAAGGCAACUUUUCAGGCCAUCUUGCAACACAAGAUCUUACAUUGUGUAAUAUGGUUUCAUCUCUUGUACUGUCAAUUAAAUAAUAAUUAUGUCACCUGAAAGUAAUUGCAGCAACAAAUGAAAUAAAUAUAUGCCGGCAGAGGA